GGUGGCGAUAUUCAGGUUCGACCUCUCGCGUGGCCGCCUCGCUUGGUGGCGAGACCUCAUUCCAGGUGGCGGACACACGAAAACGGUGCCAGAAAACGUUCGUACGCGUGGACGGGAAGGUCGAGACAUAGGCCGGGCCUGUGUGCACGCGCGAUCCAUCGAGGGACAAACCGGAACGUCGUUCACGCAGCGUCGAUCGUCACCGUGAUCACGGUUUCACUCUGCUAGAGGUCCGUGAAGACAGGACAGACACAUCGCGACUACCUGGCAGGUGGAUCUGUUCCCGGAAUUCUCUUCUUUGUCUGCCAGUGGGCUGGGUGGACGGUGCGCGCGCGAACACGAGGUCCUCGUCGGCCCCGCGGUGAUCAUCGGCACCUGGUGAUUUCAAUGCUCGGUGCGGCUGUAACGACGACCGGAAGAGGGAAGCCCGUACCGUGGUAUAUCGUGCGCGAUUUUUCGCAGUGUCUCGGUUACCUACCCGUAGGCGGAGCACGGCUCGUCGAUAGAAAGUAAAUCGUGUCCGACGUUGGCCGGCAGAGAGAAGGAAACACGACCGAGGAGCUCGAAGGAGAGAUGUUCGAACUGCACCGGGACGGGUGCCGAGGUUUCUCGUGGACCAAGCUGCUGGACAUGGAAGCAUGAGAACGUGGCACGCAGCGUCUUGCACAGCGAGGAGCAGCCCGGCCUGAGGACACAGUCAGAGGAAUCAAGCAGGAAACGGAAGCUAAACGGCAGAAGCAUCUGAGAGGACGAUGUAUCGGCCGAACUUUUACGAGAGCACGUGUCUGAGGUGCGCUCAGACCGUGUACCAGGUGGACAGGGUCGGCCCGCUGAAGGACUUCACGUUCUUUCACGCGGGCUGCUUCAAGUGCGCGAUCUGCGGCACCAAGCUGACCCUGAAGACCUACUACAACAACCAACACACGAUCAACGACAAGGAGGUGUACUGUAGCAGCCACGUUCCCAAACCGGGGCCUGGAACCUUGGACGGGUCCAGCGUGGUCAUUAGGUCCGCGCUGAACGUACCGAGGAGCGGUUACGUCAACGAGCAGAUCAGAGCCGGCGGCGGGUCGCCGCGAGGAGUUUAUCCGCCUUGUUACGAUAAUGUAGACUCGCCUAAUUGUGCCAGGCACCUAAACGGACACGGUUCACCGCCGGCCACGAAUUCGUCCCAGCGUGAUCUUCAUGGGAACGCCGGCGGAGGCGCGUCCUCGCCGUACAACCACAAUUAUUCCGGAGACGGGAGCUACCAGUAUGGGAGAUUCGAUGCGAGCGCGCUUCACAUCGCCCAUGCCCUUAAGCAGACGGAGCUUCAGAAGGGCUACAGCAAGGCACGCGAGAAGCCCAUCGAUUAUUAUCUGGAUCGGGACGAGCAGACGCGGCUGGAGAUGAAACAUCGUAAGGAGGAGGAUGACCUCUAUCGGAAAUUCGCUCACCAUCGCGAAGAGGAGGACAGACGGAUUCGAGAGGAAUUCAGGGACGAAUGGGAGAAGGAGUUGGAACAGCUAUCGGCCAGAUGGGAACGCGAAAAAGGCGGAAAGCAGGAGAAGGAGGACCUGGAGAAGAACAUGACUCUUCGUAGGGACAAGAAGAAGGAAAGUCUCACGCGCAAAAUGUUGGAGCACGAACGGGCGGCAACCGCAGCUCUGGUGGAGAAACAGAGCUGCGAGAUGCUGGAGCUGAUCAACGAGGCAAGGAGCGAGUAUAUGCGGCAGGAGAGCCUGUAUCUGGACGAGGGGGACGGUUAUGCCCAGGAAGCGCCGCCUUUGCCUUAUCCGUCGCGUGCUCCACCCCCGCAACCCCCGGCCCUCGCCAAGUAUCACAUCUACAAUGAUCCUCUGGAGUUUGCUGACAUGGAUCAGAUAGCUAUUUCGGUGGCCCAGGAAGACCAGAAAACGUUCACAGACCUGGUACGGCAGUUGGUGAGCAGAUGCGGAUCGGAUAUAGAAAAAGCUAGGACGAUAUUCCGAUGGAUCACCGUGAAGAAUCUAAAUACUAUGCAGUUCGACGAGAAUCUGCGCGGGGACACGCCUAUGGGCUUGCUGAGAGGCAUAAAACACGGGACAGAGAGUUACCACGUUCUGUUCAAGCGACUGUGCAGUUACGCGGGGCUGCACUGCGUGGUCAUAAAGGGCUACAGCAAGUCGGCUGGCUAUCAGCCUGGCGUUUGCUUCGAGGACAACCGAUUCCGGAACAGUUGGAACGCGGUGUACGUAGCCGGUGCGUGGAGAUUCGUUCAGUGCAAUUGGGGAGCAAGACAUCUGGUCAAUGCCAAAGAAGUUCCUCGUCCUGGUCAACCAAAAGCCAAGAACGACAGUCUGAGAUACGAAUACGACGAUCAUUACUUCCUGACAGACCCGCGGGAGUUCAUCUACGAAUUCUUUCCUCUUCAGGAGGAGUGGCAAUUGCUCAAACAACCGAUUUCGCUCAAAGACUUCGAGGAACUGCCUUUCGUGCGCUCGUUGUUCUUCAGGUACGGCCUCUACUUCCCUGAUACGAACACGAACGCCGUUAUGUACACGGAUUCUACGGGCGCAGCGACCGUCAGGAUAGCCAUGCCGGCGCACAUGCAGUCGUCCCUCAUCUUUCACUAUAACCUCAAGUUCUACGAUAACGACGGCGACGGUUACGACGGCGUGUCGCUGAAACGUUUCGUCAUGCAGUCCGUCGUUGGGAAUAUCGUGGCAUUCCGCGUGCACGCGCCCUGCUCGGGAGCUUUCCUGUUGGACAUAUUCGCCAACGCGGUGACGCCUAAGGAAUACUUAACCGGGGAGCCUAUGAAGUUCAAGAGCGUGUGCAAGUUCAAAAUUGCCUGCGAGGAAUUGCAAACAGUCAUGGUACCACUACCAGACUGCGCCAGCGGCGAAUGGGGUCCCACGAAAGCCACCAGGCUCUUUGGUCUCAUACCGAUAACCCAUCAGGAGGCACUGGUGUUCGCUGGUCGCGAGCUGGAAAUUCAAUUCCGAAUGUCUAGACCGCUGACCGACUUCAUGGCGACGCUGCACAAAAAUGGCAUCGAGGAAAAACGGCUCUCCAAAUACGUCACACACUCGAUCGCCGACGACGACGUGGUGACUUUCUCGAUCAGCUUUCCCGAAGAAGGCCAGUAUGGACUGGAUAUUUACACCAGGGAGUCGACCAGUCCCACAAGCGUGCCGCAUGAUAUCACCGGUGAAAAGCACCUGCUCACCCAUUGCUGCAAGUAUCUGAUCAACUCCAGCAAGAGGAACUAGCAACGUCGACUACGAUUUCGUGUUUUUUAUACGUAUAAGUAUAUACAUUUAACGACUUUGCUGACGAUUCGACAUGGAUACGAAGAAACAUCGCGUGCAUCGUUGGAGAUUGGCUCACGUGAUUCUAGACUAAAGGAACCUUUUGGGAAUCCCGAGUGACGCGUAAGAACUAAUCCGUGAGGUUAGCCUCUACUUGCCAGUAAAUUACUCGUCGACUAACAAGAGUUAAUCGAGCUGACGAUUAUCGAAAGGUGGUGUUCGCGAUGGUAGCCAGGCAAACGGGGAGGAAAGUACAACUGGUUCUUGACACGAUCCUGCGUGGAACCUCGACGAAUGGCCACCAAAAUGCAAGAACGAUUCCGAUCUGACGCGCUACCUCCACGUUCUUCGUAGUUCAUUAUAACGAUAGUCUAUUGUUCGAGGAUAAUCGUCGAGGAUGAUACGUCUCUAACUCUUCACGCUGCGCAUCGCGAGGAAAAGAUAUAACGAGUAUAAUACUUAGCCGAGGGAUAAGCUCUGUUUAAUAGGAUCCUUAUUUAACUCGCCGAUUUUUCCGCGACAACCACCGUGUCGUCCGUGUUUCCGCGAGAAAGUUGGCAAUUAUAAGUUAACCAGCUCUGGAGAUCGCCCGCCGCGCUCCAACCGAAUUAAUCAAACUUUCUCGCCUCGACUCGAAGCAUUAAUCCCAAUUAUCUCGGUUCGUUUUAAUUCAAUCUCGGGAAUCGCGUUUCGUUUUGCGCGUUCGAGCAAUUCGGACAGCCUGGAACGAGCCGAGACUUCGUUACGCGAGGUGCUUUUGUGUAUAUAAAUUAUGCACACGAUCGUUUCCGUUCGACGAUUCCCUCGGAUCGAUCGGCGAACGCGAUCGACGAACGAGAUCGGCGUGAAACGCGAGAUCUCUCGUUUCCAUGGAUGCGCGUGCUUUGUUCUCAAGUCUUCUAUGCUGUUUGUAUUUUAACGAUGGUAUAUAUAAAGCAUUCCUUUUUCUCUUGUUGCGAACGACCGUCGUCGCAAAAUUAACGCCACGACGAACGAUCUCGUCGAUCGUCUGCGAGGAAUAUCG